CAUUAACGUAUUUAGACGUGUUAAACGAGGUGUCCGUGCGCCAAGAAUGCGGCAAUUCGCGUUGUUUUGUGUGUGUGCACUCUGUGAAAUGAAAUGAAAACAUAAGAAAAAUUAAAUUAACUAAAUUGCUUGAUAUUCGAGUGUUAUAAAUUUAUAAGAAAAUACUAAGUAAAAUUACUGCAGUUUAGAAAUUCGUGGGUGUUUGUUCAUAUUAAAGCUGUCUACGGUGCAGCACAGCAUCCGCCAGCACGUUGUUGGUGUUCAAGGAGCGGCAGACAGUACGCAAAAAAAGAAACGUCGCCGCCCCAACAAGUAAAUGAAGGAAAGGUGCAUUCUUGCUGCGCCACAAGCGUUUGUUGCAUAAAUUAUUGAACGAUUGAAAGAGUGUGCAAGUGUAUGGAAUGAUAAAGCAAUGAUAAUCAUGAUAAAGUUGUUGGAGACCAGUGCCAAGCUUUCGUAUUAAAGUUAUUUAAAGUCUUGACAACUUGACUUCCUCUUCAAGUUAACUUGAACGCUUAAAUUUGAUACUCAAUCCGCGUGUGGCAAAAUAAAGUGUAUUUAUACGUGUAAGUUCUAUUCCAACAAAGGUCGUGUCAAAGGUCAAACAACCAGUAAUAUAUUUUGUGCAAACCAAUUCUGAAAGAAAUACGCAAAAUUUUUUAUUGUUGCAAGUACAUGUUGCAAGGUGCGUGACAUUGUGAAAAUAUUGUAACAACGCUUAAGCAAGGCAGAAUAUCGCAAGUCAAGCGUUUGUAAACAGCUAACAAAGCAUAUUACAACAACAACGUGGCAUCAAAAAAUAAACAAAUUUGAAAUUUGUAAUAUUUAUAUGCCAAGGCGCUGCCACGAACAGCUGAGCAUCACCUCAAGCAAUCGUCGACUUAUAGGCCCUACCGUCACUAACGACAGCACCUUGACUGACUUUACGCCAGCGCAAGCGAAACGCACCAUAAGUAAAUAAAUAAUUUUUAGUCGGAGCAUCGUCAUCGUUCGUCUCCUUGAGCCUUGGGCGGCCCAUCACCAAAAAAAAUUGCACACCAGCGGAGAGCGCAAGCAGGCAGCUGAGCGCGCAUAGUGACAUUAUCAGUUGCAGUGAGAAAGGCAAAGCGAGAGCAACAACAAAAGCAGCGAGUGGUAGAGGAUAUGCGCUGAAGAUGAACCGGUAUUAGAGCGAAAAUGGCAGUGAGAGACGCGGCCUUUGCCGUCUUCUCUGCAGCAGUAGUCAGGCCGCGACCGUUGAAGCGUUUGGUAAUGUUUGUGAUGACAGUCGUCGCGUUGUGAGAAAAUGUAAGGAUCAGUGCGCGAGUUGUUUUUGAGGACCACGCUUACUAAAUAACAGAAAAGUAAAAUAAAAUAAAAAGUGAAUGAAAUUACGCGCCGCAGAACGUGUGUCUGGAAAGUGACUACUUAUGCAAAUACAUAAUUUUAUGAUUAUUUUUAUUGUUAUUGCGAGUGGCAAGCGCGUUGUACGCACAUACAGUUAUUAAGAAAAGUGCAAAAUUGAAUGAAACACCGUGACGCGUGUGUCGCCGCGACACGUAAGUGUGUAUGUGUCUGUGUGUCACAGUGUAGCCUAAGCUGUGAGCGCCCUUUGGCAGGUCACCCGUCUCGCCUGUGUGUGUGUGUGCAUCUUCAUCGAGUUUAAUGCCGUUUUGAGACCAAGCAACACAUUCCUGCCACAUGCCACCAAAAACCGAGAGUGUUGUAAAUUUUUAUGUUUGUACGCGCGUUUGUAAAAUCUUAUGAGCCAGCGCUGUCAUUAAAGUUGCGCAUAACGAGCGCGUCGCCGAAAAAAACGCUAAGCGCUAGAUCGUGUUCGAAAGAAUUGUAAAUUGUAAAAAAAAAACAUCAACGCCAGCAACUGAAAGUGUUUCGCCAAAGCACCACUGCCAAUUGGCAUUUGUUCCUUAAUGCGCCUACGAAAAUCGCUUGCUUCCUGCAACAGCGCUCGAGUAUUCGCGUGUGAGUGUGUAUGCGCUGCGCCGGUGCUUAAGUGAAAUUGCAGCGAUUUGAACGUUAGAAAUGUGUGUGUUCAAGUGUUUGCUGCCAAAUUGAUUUAAACUGCCACUUAUGUAGUAAAAAACAAAAAUAACAAAAAAAAUCAAAUAAAAGAAAGGAGCAAGUGGAGUCCUCGGUGAAUUAGCGCGCAUGGAAAGAUUUCCACAAACAAAGUGGAAAAAAGCAAAGCGAAAAUAAAAUAAAAAUCAAACGUAAUGUGCGCCGCCAACCCGACAAACGGUAAAUGAAAAUAUUUUCGCGGAAAUUGCAUGCCGUGCCACAUUUACCACCAAUGUCCAUUAAAAGUUGCCCCUGCGUGCAACGCUGUGUGUAAGAGUGUAUGCGCGCUCGCUUAGCCGCUAAGUGACGUCUGCUGCCGCCCAAUAGUGCAACCGCGUGGCAUUAGCGCGCAACAAUACAAAUAAAAAUAGAAAAAAUAACAACGAAUUUACAAAAUUUAAGUGCAAAAUUAGUGAAAUAAAUAGUAUAAAGUGUUAUUAUACGUGCGAGUGCAACAAGCCGCGUUUCGCCAACGCUUACAAUUGGAGCGUUCGUCUAUGCACGCGCCCCACCAGCUCGACCAACGAAGCGUCCGAGCGCGCAAUACCAACCGUCAACAAUAAUUACGCGCGCGUAAAUUGGUCCCGUUUCGACAUUUUGUAGCGCGUUAAUUGCCGCAUACACGCCAAAUUCGCACAUCAACAACUCAGCGGCGGCGGCGGCUAAACUUUACGCCAUUAGCGCCCGACCUCCCAAGGCACCUGUUCGCUUUAGCAUAGUGUGUACAGCGCGCCUUCGUGCCAUAUUCACUUGCCACAAUGGCCGUUAGCAAUAUCGUUUGCGAGUGGCUGCGCGCCCUUGGCCUGUCGCAGUAUGCGGAGAGCUUUCUGGAUAAUGGCUAUGAUGAUUUGGAGAUUUGCAAACAGGUCGGUGAUCCCGAUUUGGAUGCGAUUGGCGUUGAAAACCCUGUGCAUCGCCACAAGUUGUUGAAGAGUAUACGGCAAUUGCGUGAGAAAGGUGCCGCUUCCGUUUAUUUCAUGUUAAACGAUCCGAGCUCGUUGUCGGGCAGUAUGGAGAUUCUAUGCGAAACGCCACCGAACGAACUGGAUCUGGUGCUGCGCGAGCAAUUGGAAACCGAUGGCAUACGUUUGACAGCGCAUCCAUAUUCGACACCGGACGGUCAGCGCGGUCAUUUAGAGGGUCUAGCAUCCGUCUAUUGUGAAUUGUUAAUGGCUCCCUUUGGAGAUAUUUUAAGUGCUUUAGAAAACGCCCGUCAAGCGGCGUGGGCGGAACGAAGUCCCCUAAAUCCGGCCGGUGGCAGUGGGAGUAGCGGUAGUGGUAGUGGCGUCAGUGGCAUUGGUGGCCUCAGCGCUAGCACACACCACCGGCAUCACGGUCAUCGCGGCCAUUCGAGCCAAGGUGGCCUGCCAAAUAGUCAUAGUCAGCCCAUUUAUGUGCCAGGAAAAUAUUCGCCCUCGAGUUGUCUCUCCGACAAGGAAGAGGACGAAAUUUACGGUUUUGGUUAUGGUGUUUUUGCACCGCGUGUUGCACGUGGCGGCCUCACACAACAGCAGCAGCUACUGCAGCAGCAUACAUUGCAGCAACAACAACAGGCGCAAGCCGCAGCACAACAACAGCAGCAGCAGCAAUUACCACUAGUGCCAGGUAGCCAACAGCAUUUGCACCAACAGCAGCAACAACAACAGCAUCAAGCACUCCAAGCCCAUCAAACACUCCCGCCGAAUGUAGCACACUUGAAUUUCCUGCAACAAAAUUGCUUAAGUCCAAGAUCAGCGUACUUCUACGAAUUUCCACCUAAUGCAGAAGGUCGUGAGACCAAAAAACGUACCACCUUUGCGAGACUUUUAAAGGGUCUGAAAACUGUAAAUCGACGAGACCGAAAUAAUCAACAAACCGCCGCACAAGUGAGGGCGGCGAAUGAACGACUGAGACAUUUUCAAACAAUGAAUGGCGGACAGCACCAAAGUUUUGAAGAGACAAUCCACAGGCUGAAAGUACAAGAAGCAAUGCGCAAAAAGGAGAAAUUCCAACGCGAACAUGAAGAGAUUUUGCGUGAUAUCCGACAAGGUUUGCUUCAAAUGAGUCGAGAGGGUCGAAUAGACGACACCUACAUGUAUGACGAUGCUCUACGUGGUCCACAUUACGCCGUCAGCGGUCUACACCAUCAGGGCCAUUGGUAUGAUGAGCCGCCAUAUGAGAGUGAUCCAGAUGACUUCCUGAUGGCCGGCAUCAAUUGUGGACCUGCCGCUACAAUACAGGGCGGUCGGGUGCGUUUCACCUCGAACCGUGAGAGUGUUGGUGUAAUUUCAUUAAGAUCCGCCGGAGAUAUUUCACUGCCACAACGAGGACCGCCCAGACGUGGGCUUAUCGUGCCACAGCAGCCGCCAAAUCCACCGACAAUAAUACCGUUAACGCAUGCCAGAUCGCAUGAUCGCGAAAGUGGCGACUACGCGGGCUCCAUAUCGGAUCUACAAAGUGUCACCUCACGUCUGAGUGCAGUUUCGAUCGGCACCAACAACUGCACCGCGCGCUACCGUACGCUAAGCGGCGGCAUCGGCGAGUCGCCAUCGCUCUCGCCAAGUCCAUCAUCCGAUUAUGAGGAUAUUGCGGCCACGCGCGGCCUGCCGCCCAGUCUGGCGGCGAAGAGUAAAAAGAACGGUGUGCCGCACAAAGCCAACACCAUCAGCCAGAAGGCCACAGUGCAUCAUUCGAACGAAAUGCGAAACUCACCAAAGGAAAUUGGCGUAUUUAAUGAGAACGGAAGGAACUUCGUUGCCACAAAGGAUACUUCGAGGGAUUUCAGCAAUUCUCAAGAUAAUACCGACCGCGGCAGCAUGAGCGACCAGGCCUUUGCGUGCUCGGCAAGUUCGGUGGAAAGUUUACCCAGCGCUUCCGGUUCAAGUACCCAGGCAUUGGUGCGACCAGGCAGCCCGCAAAGCUCCAUCUCCACCGAUGAUCGCGCUUCGUUAGUGCAAAUUUGCAAAGCCAAAGCACUUGUCGAUAGUAUGCCGAAUCCAUAUGAUAAGGAUGCCCUCAAGUUCAAGAAAGGUGACAUAAUCGAUGUGCUGUCAAUGAAUGCCUCUGGCAUCUGGAAGGGUCGUUGUCACGGCCGGAUCGGACACUUUAAAUUCAUCAAUGUUGAAGUGUUGCCCGAGCAGCGUUUGAAGUCUUCGAAUAGCAAAAUUCUCUGUGCCGGCGGUUUGGGCAUCGGCGGCGUCGGAGGCGUAGUGGGUAUGGGCGGUGGCACCAGUAUGCGGCAUGCCGGCAGCAAUGGACCGAGCUCAGUAGAGGAUUUACUCUUUCGCAUUGGACUGAAGGAGUACACGUCGGUUUUCGUUUUAAAUGGCUACGAAGACCUUGAACUCUUCAAAGAGUUAGAGCCAGCAGAUUUGGACUACUUGGGUAUUGUGAAUCAGGAGCAUCGCGCCAAAUUACUGACCGCCGUGCAGUUGCUGCACGAUAUUGAAUCCUCCCAUUUCUCCCAAACAGGUUCGGAUGGCGACAUUGCCGGUUCCAGCUCAGAGAAUGACGAGACUCGCUUGAAUAACAUCAAUAAGAAGCACGGUGCAUCGCCGUUCGGACGUCGGCACUUCCCACGCGACUCCGGCUGCUACGAGGGUUCGCCGGUGCCCACCUCGCAGACACCACCACAAAACAUACCCUCCACCGAUGAGUCGAACAGCUUGGACGAUGUCGUCACCAAGUGUUCCAGCGAGAUUAUGAAGCGUGUCGAAAGCGCGCGCCGCCAAAAAGAAAACCCCUUCAAAGCCGGACUCUCCGCACGUGUCGGCAAGAAGGCGCUACUGGGCGCCAGUCUUAUGGGCGAAGAUACACUCACACGCGGUGGCGGUCUCAGCGAGAAGUCCAGCGAUUCGGGCGUCAGCAGCAGUUCGCUGUCCUCGGGUCCCAUGAAGAACAGCACUUAA